UAAAAUAAUAAUAAAACGUCGUGGUAGUAACGUGGCUUUUGGGGAUACGUUAAGGACGAUAAAUCCCGGGUGCAGGAACAACUUAAACCCCGCUCCCAAACAAGCCCCCUUUUACCCUAGCGACGCGCAUCGCCGUUGAUCUUCUUCCGAAGCCAAGAACAGGGUCCAUAUGGCAGAGCGUGUGUCCGUCACACUUAAUCCCAGCUUCAUUUCACCUCCGACGACGGCCAUGGCUUCUUUCAGCGGCGUCGCUGCUUCUCGCCUCCUUUCCUCCUCAUCUUCCUUCUCCAGAGCCAGACUCGCUUUCUCCGUUUCGUCGUCAUCAUCUUCUUCUUCUGUGUCGUUCGUCAGAUCUCUCGUCUCUUCUCCGAUUGCCUCUCCAUCGCUCUAUCCGAGUAGAUACUCGGUUACUGCGUUGAAUCGGAGCUUUAGUGCCGCCACCACGAAAUGUGCUACUUCGGAUCCUGAUCAGUUGAAGAGUGCUAGAGAAGACAUCAAAGAGCUGCUUAAAACCAAGUUCUGCCAUCCUAUUCUGGUUCGUCUGGGAUGGCAUGAUGCUGGCACAUACAACAAGAACAUCGAGGAGUGGCCUAAGAGAGGUGGAGCUAAUGGGAGUCUUAGGUUUGAAGUAGAGCUUAAGCAUGCUGCCAAUGCAGGUCUUGUGAAUGCCUUAAACCUUAUUCAGCCCAUCAAAGACAAGUACAAUGGGAUUACAUAUGCCGACCUAUUCCAGCUUGCCAGUGCUACUGCUAUAGAGGAAGCGGGAGGCCCCAAAAUACCCAUGAAAUAUGGAAGAGUUGAUGUGUCAGGACCUGAAGAAUGUCCUGAAGAAGGAAGGCUCCCGGAUGCGGGGCCGCCUUCACCAGCGGAUCAUCUCCGCCAGGUUUUCUACAGAAUGGGACUUGAUGAUAAGGAAAUAGUUGCAUUAUCCGGUGCCCACACCUUGGGGAGAUCCAGGCCAGACCGCAGUGGUUGGGGAAAGCCAGUAACUAAGUACACGAAAGAUGGUCCGGGGGCAUCCGGAGGGCAUUCUUGGACUGUACAGUGGUUGAAGUUUGACAAUUCGUACUUCAAGGACAUCAAAGAAAAAAGAGACGAAGAUCUCCUUGUCUUGCCAACUGAUGCUGUGAUCUUUGAAGAUCCUUCAUUCAAGGUAUAUGCUGAGAAGUAUGCUGAAGAUCAAGAUGCAUUUUUCAAAGACUACGCCGAGGCCCAUGCCAAGCUUAGCAAUCUUGGAGCCAAAUUCAACCCUUCAGAGGGUAUUUCUAUCUGAUUACACAUGAGCAGGGGCGAGGCCAAGAGCCGAGACAGGGACUAGGAAAAAGAUCCCAACAGGUUAAAAUAAUACCACCAAAAGGAAAGGAGAUUACAGAAGGGGGAAUUAAUCAGAAAGACGAUUUCAUUUGCUGUUUGACAUAUUUUGAGGUCCAUGAUUUCUUCCGGAUUUUGCGGCUAUAAUUUGAUCGCUGAACUAUGUCGUUUGUGUUGGGCAUUGCCAUGGCUGUUGGUGGUGGGUUGCUUUAUAAACAGACCGAGUUUUUGUUAUAGCUUUAGUUCUUUA